AAAUGGCCUCUUUAUCCGUGUUUGUUCCUUUGUUUGUAUGUUUUGGUGUAGUUUAUAGUCAGAUAUUGUGUGAGGAUGGAUAUUGUAGGACAUACGGGUUCGAGGUCGGCUGCUCGGCCUCCUCGCAACACUGCAGCGUCAACAACGCGACACAUUCGGGCAUCUGGCUGCUGUCGCCGACCACAUGCAACUGCUGCGAUUAUUGUCUGCCUUUUAUAGUGGAAGGCGAUCAUUGCAGUUUGGGCGGGCCGGGGACAGGCACCACAGUUGGUAGAUGUGGCGAUGGGCUCACCUGCGUCGCAGCGGCGGAUGGCAACUUUUGUAGAAGAAUGGAAUCCGAUUGUCACACAGCGCAGGACGAGUAUGAUGCACGCUAUGAAUCAGGGCAGAUCGGGUCUCUAGAACAGCGACCAGCUUGCGACGGCAAGGGACGCUAUCAGCAUUUCCACUGUGUGCCUACGCAGACGUGCUUCUGCCAAUCGGACGAAGGAGAGCGGCUGUUCGGAGAGGUUCUUCAUCAGGGAGCAGUGACGGAACGGAAUAUGCACUGUGGUUGCUCCCGUCUUCACGACCAGAUCAAGAAGUCCAUCUCUCCCGGGGUCAAAUUACCCGUCAUCGGGCUCCGCUGCACGUCGGACGGGAAUUUCAACCCUGUGCAAUGUUUAAAUAACGACUGUUAUUGCGUGGACGAGAUCACUGGGGCUAUAAAGGGGGAUGAGAAGGUCAAUUUGGAGACUGAGCCGAUUUCGGAGUUGUCAUGCUAUGACGAAUCUCUCGACCUCUUCCCCUCCAACACCGGCACUCCCCCCUACAACUACACCUCCCCCUGUCUCGAGGAAAUGAGAGAGAGGAUAGAGUUCCUGGAGGAGAGCGAGCGGGACGGAUUCAACGUGGACUUCUUUAGCAGUAUACCGGAGUGCUUGCCUGAUGCGACAUAUGGAAGGGUCGUGAGGACUUUUAACGGAUCUAAAGUUUGCGUGGACGAGCGUGGGCAGCCUAUAGAGGGGUAUGAAGCGAUGCCCGGCACAACGGAGUAUGAAGAAAUGAAUUGCAACUGUGCCCUAACAACCCUACUAAUGGCCUCUCUGAGCGAGAAGCCAGUGUGCUGCAGCAACGGCAACUUCCGGCGCAUACAGUGUCGCCGCGGCGCCUGCCGCUGCGUGGACGGCGACGGGCGGCAGGUCGGCGCGGAGUCCGCCGAUGUGGCCGAGCUGCCGUGCUACGGGGGACACGACGGAUGGAAAACGUGCUAAUAAACGUUUACUGUAUA